UUUGCAAUAUCUGAGCACAUAGUAACAAUGACUUUAAACGACGGAAACAUCACUUUUAUUCCCAAUGAAUUGUAUAAUUUCCCUAAACUAUCGUCACUUGAUAUUUCUCAUAAUAAAAUAAACAGUGUUAAUUUGUUAUUAAGCCUGAAAAUGGAAAAGUUAAUAAUUUUCAAUGCAUCUUUCAACAUGAUUUCAGAAUUGGAAAAAGUGUCAUUUGAAAAUUAUAAAAUUGGCUCAAAUAUAACUGUCAUAGAUCUUAGUCAUAAUGCUAUCACAAUCAUACCUGACAAUUAUUUCAGUAAAUUUUCUAAUUUACUUCAUUUAAACAUGUCAUACAAUAAAAUUAACAGUUUUACCGUGCUAACGUUUGAAGGUUUGGCUCAAUUGGAAACGCUUUAUUUAUCCUACAACAAUAUAAAAAUAAUUGAUAUAAAUUUAGCUCGAUUUUCAAAUCUACAAGAGCUGACAUUAGAUAACAAUGAUUUGUCUUCUUUAGAAGAACACAAUUUCAAAAUGUUGACAAGUCUCAUAAAGUUAAAUUUAAACUUCAACAAUAUUUUCUUUAUCGAAGACUUUAGUUUUCGGAGAAUGAUAAAUCUUCUGAAUCUCCAAUUAAAUAGUAACAACUUAACAACGAUUUCUAAAUCAAUGUUUAUUGAUAAUGCGGCGCUUCAACAAGUAGAUCUAUCUAAUAAUCAAAUUCAUACAAUUGAUCCCUUUUCUUUCAGAGGAACAAACAUUACUCUGUGCAAUUUUAGAAAUAAUGCUUUAACAAUUUUGAGUGAGAGAUCUAUUUUUUGUGGCAUUAAGGUAAAAGAACUUGAUUUGAGUGUCAGCAAUAUUAGCUCACUUGGAGAAUACUUAUUUUUUGAGUUGCACUCCGAGCUACUGAAGCUUAAUUUAAGUUUUAAUUGUAUUACACAUGUGCAUGAAAAUUCGUUCCGAGAUUUAGCAUUGUUGGCUGAGUUAGACUUAUCUAACAACAAAUUGCUAGAUUUAGAUUUUAACUUGAGUGAUCUAAAAAGUUUGAAAUCUUUUAACGUCGAAAAUAAUCAAAUAAGUAAAAUAAUUAAGACCACGUUUCGAUGCCUGAAAUCUUUGUUGAAAGUGAAUUUUUCGAAAAACUCUAUAGAAGAGAUCGAAAUAUUUUCGUUUCGUGACCUCGAAGCAGUACAAGUAUUAGACUUAAGUAACAAUAAUCUUCCGGGAGUUGUAGCUCCCUACACAUUUCAAGGAUUGUCUCUUACCUUCGAACUACGACUCAUGCAUUCCAAGCUCACUUCCUUGCAAGACGCAGCAUUUUUUGGCAUGACAGCUCUUACCUUCUUAAACGCGUCUUAUGGCGAUGUUAAGGUUUUAGGAUAUGAUGUUUUCAAUGGCACUACUAUCUGGACUCUAGAUCUAUCUCAUAAUCUUUUAGAAAUGUUUAGAGUUAAUAAUAGUUACCUGAAACACGUGAUGGAAAUAUAUCUUAACUACAAUAAGAUUGAAAACAUAUCAAACGAAACUUUUCAUGGGCUAACCAAUUUAAAGAAAAUACAUUUAGAUAACAAUUGUAUUUUGCAAAUCAGUGUAGGUGCGUUCAGUAGUUUGCACAAAGUCUCAUCUUUACAUAUUUCGUCAAAUACAGAUAUGAUGUUAGAUGCAUCGGUGUUUUCAAAUAUGGCAUUGAGAGAUGUAAACCUCCAAAAUACCUGGAAACCAUUUAGUUUUAGUAAUGCUAUAAAUGUCUCAAUAGAAAUGUUAGAUUUGUCUUUGAGUAAUAUAAGUAAAGCUAAUUCCAUUUUGAUCUAUAAAAUUAAAAAUAUAGAAACGUUGUUGCUUACCUCGAAUCAUAUACGUUAUGUAGAUAGAUAUUCAUUUCGGAAUUUGAGUUCUUUGACUUUUCUAGACUUAAGUAAUAAUGCCUCAAGGGCCUAUUUUAGAUUUAAGCUAGUUAUUAAUUUCGUUUAG